CUCCUGCAGCUCUAAUGUAGCCUUUAUUAUCAUUCCUAUUAUUUUAUGUCAUUUUCAAACUGCCUACAAUGCCUGAAUAGUUUUCUUUCGGUGAUCCCUCUGUUGAAUCAGUUAAAAGUCAGUCCUGGUUCAUUAGUGAGAGAGAGGUUUGGGGGGUGGGCAUGGCUCCGGGUCGCUGCUGUUGCGCUGCGUCUGGAUGAGGAAAUGUUUGGAGCGCGCGUUUGGAGCCGUUGCGCUCGGAUCACCGGACUCUGUGAACCAUGAAUGAACACAGCGGGAAGAUGAACCUCUCCUCGGCGAACUCGUCCUCCUGGAAAGCGGAGUCGGUGGUGAUCUCUCUGGGGUUUUCGGUGAUCUUCCUGCUCGGCACCGUGGGGAACUCUCUGGUCCUCGCCGUGCUGUUUCGGAACGGGCAGAUGAACACCAAAACCACCAACCUGUUCAUCUUCAACCUCGGGAUAGCGGAUCUGUGCUCCAUUGUGUUCUGCGUGCCCUUCCAAGCCACCAUCUACACGCUGGAUGAAUGGGUGUUUGGCCCCGUGGUGUGUAAAGUCGUGCACUUCAUCAUUUUCCUCACCAUGUACGCGAGCAUCUUCACCCUGACAGCUGUGUCCCUGGACAGGUAUUUAGCCAUUUGCUACCCGCUCCGCUCCCGGGAGAUGAGAACACCGAAGAAUGCCCUCACCUCCAUUGGCCUGGUCUGGGCCUUGGCCCUGGUGUUCUCCGGUCCGUAUCUCAGCUACUACAUGCAACUGGACCUGGCCGGCACCGUGGUGUGUAUCCCUGCCUGGGAGUCCAAACCACGCAUCGCAAUGGACGUGUGCACCUUCGUCUUCGGCUACCUCAUCCCCGUCCUGGUGCUCGGCCUCACCUACGCUCGUACCAUCCGAUACCUGUGGACCAGCGUGGACCCCGUGAAGGACAUGUCCGAGUCGAGGCGGGCAAAGCGGAAAGUCACCAAGAUGAUCAUCAUCGUGGCUGCUCUCUUCUGUCUCUGCUGGCUCCCCCAUCACCUGGUCAUCCUCUGCAUGUGGUUCGGAAGCUUCCCCCUCAACCACACCACCUACGUCCUCCGCAUCCUCUCCCACCUGGUGGCGUACACCAACUCCUGCCUCAACCCCAUCGUCUACGCACUUGUCUCCAAGCACUUCCGCAAAGGCUUCAGGAAGGUGUUCAGCUGCUCGCUGAGGAGGAGGGAGGUCAACAAGGUGCACGUCGUCCAGGCGGUGAACACGGUGAGCAGCGUGGAGACGUCCAACUGAAGACGACGGCAAAGAACCGGACCAGACGAAGGAGAAGAAGAGCCAAUUGAACAUUUAAGAAGUCUCUAGACGACGUAAUGUGCCAAAAAUAUUAACAUCACUAGACUAAAAAUCAUCUGAUUGAGUAAGACGACGGUGACCUCGGCAGGGUAAUGGUUAUUGAUCACCUCCAGUUAUUGUUAGCCUGCAUUCUGGUAAUUAAAUUGAUCACAAAAGAGAAAAACGGGCGUGGUUUGUCACAAUCUGCUUAAAAAAAAGGACACAGAUUGAUCAAGUGAAGGCAACUUAUUUGACCUCGUAGUUCUCAGCCAUGCUAGCAGCGAAGCUCCAGGGAUCGGUCAGCCGGUCCACCAUUUGGUCCAGACUGAAAUAUCUCAACAAUUAGCUGAUGGAUGGACAUAAAAUUGGGUGCAGACAUUCACGAUCACUGCAGGAAGAAGCCUUCGACCUCAUGUGCCACCAUGAUUGUUUUUUGGUGAAAUGUCUAACGCCAUCAUCAGGUCAAAAUCUCACUUCGACCAAGAAUUUAGUUUAUGACCAAACGCCUGCAAAAAAACCAAAGACACUCCCAUUACACACUAAAGAUACACACUAAAUAAAGAUGGUGAACAUUAGAAUUUCUAAACAUCACCAUUUUAGCAUUGUUAUGUUUAGCUCAAAGCACCACUUUCUUUAUUUUUUUAGGCUUUUCUGAACACGUUACAGCCAGAAUUAGACGCACCGCUUCAAACGCCGUUGUUUGCUAACAUUGUUGUUUCCGGAAGUUGGUCCCUAGCGCCUUGUGAAGGACGGGAAGCUAUGAUCAGAAUCUGGAUCAAGACUUAUCUAGAUCCACGUUAGAUUUAUAAUUUGAGAUUUAUGGUUUAAUAGGACACUAAGAAAGUCUUCAGAUACCUUGAUUUGUGUCUAAUUCUGUUUAUUGUGCUAGAAAUUAAAAGCACAUGUGGACACAGAGAUUUAUGGUUGAUCAGGUUCUGAAGUACUUUUCCUGGAAAUCCUCCCGGCAGACAGACGAGAAUCCUGCUGGCUGAACACGUGUUUCAUCAUGAAGGUCAUUUAGACACUAAAUAAAGGGAUAUUACCACUAUUGUAUUCAGUGACUUGUGCGAUUACAGUUUUACAGUUAGUACUAAUAAAUUUAUUUAUGUAACAUGUUUAAAAGAAAAGUUGCUUUAAUUUAUGGAAGCCUAUUUCCACCGAUGUGACGGAAAAAGGUUCUCUAAGUCAUUAUAAUGAGAAACUUUCCCAAAAUAUUGACUGAGUAUAAGUCAUUAUUUUGAGAUGCUGAGUCAUCAUUUUAAGAAACUAAACAUUAUUUAGAGAACCUAAACAUUAUUUAGAGAUGCUAAGUCAUUAUUUUGAGAAGGUUUCUCAUUAUGAUGACUUACAGAAUCUUUUUUUUCCUGUCACACUGGCAGAAACAGGCCUCCAUAUUAUUCAGAGCCAGAAAGCCAGAAAAAUAUAUUGUGAAACAAAAACACAGCUAAAAAGAUACCGUAACAAUAUGUUUUUAAAUUAAGAUGAAGAGCUACGGUGCCUGAUUUAGGUCAUCAGCUUCAUCCCAAAGGAGUUUGUAGAAGGACUGACUCGCUGAAAGCUCAGAUGAGUCUCAAAUGCAGAAGGUCGGCGGUGCAGGUUUUGGCUGGAAGCUGCCUACAUGAGCAGUCUGAGGAGAUGUGGGUGGUGUUGGACGGUGGGAAAAAAAAGACAUGUUAUGCAACUGACAGUUGCUGGACAGAUUUUCAAUCACUUCUGCAUAUCUGAAUAUACGUCUGUUGUGUUACUAAUCCAGCACCGUGUACACAAACCUCAACAGGCCUCAAUGUUCUGUGGUUUUAUAAAUAUGCUGCAUGAUCCUCGGUGUUGUAUUUGGUGAUAUACAGCUGGCUGAGCAGGGCUACAGGACAUUAAACCGUCUGUUGCUGUAAUGUUUCUGUGUGUGUUCAUGCAUGCCGACAGUAUUAUUGUGCUGUACAGAUCAUCAUAAGAGUUGUUGAACUAAUAAAUACAUCAGGUUGUUGCGUGUCCAUCCCUUCACCUGAUCCCGUGUCAGAUCCUUCAGUAGGGUCUCACCUGGCGAGUGGCGUCCUGUUAUAUGCUGCCGUACAAUGGUAGCUCUGCUGUCGAGUACCGACACUUCUGAACGCUCACAAAUUCAUGACGAGGACAAGUUCCUGUUUUCUGUGGAAGUGAAGUACAAUGAAGAUCCACGACUUCAGGGUUUAUACACGAUAGGUGUGU